AUGUCAAAUGACAUACAAGACAAUCAACAAAAGUUUUCACCAUGUGUUCUAAUCUACAUACUCACAGUUAUUGCUUGUAUUUGGGUCUUGGAAUUCAACCUAUAUUUCCAGCGAUUAGAGUACGCUGAAGAAAACGAUAUUGAGUGUGGAACGCUUGACAUAACUUACCGCAACAGUUCAAUUUCGUUGAAAUAUUUGCUUUUGCCGACUGUAUUUUUGGAUGAUCAAGAAUGGUCAAUGGCAUUGCAGCAGGUCUUCGUAUUCAUUCUCAUUAUUGGAAGAUGGCUUCUACCGAAAGGGCACAUGACACGUGAUCAGCUAUCUGAACUUCUGUUCAUCAAUAUCGGUAUGGGUGCUGACAUUCUGGAGUUUAUUAUCGAGGGAAUGGAAUUGAAAGCGGUUGGAUGUUCCGACGAUCUUAUGGUAGUGAUCCUAAUCAUAUGGUCAUGGAGUCUAAUGCAGUUCACUAUCAACUUAACAGUGAAUUUAGAACAGGAGGAUCGAGAUCCCAGUACAGAAGAUGCUGAAACCUCGUCUUGGUUAAACCAAUGCUCGCAUCAUGUCUGUUGUAAAACUGGUAUGUGGGCUACUAUAGUAACAGUGAUACUGCAAGAUGGUCCUUUUUUUAUCAUAAGGGUUUAUUUAAUCUCUGAGUUCAAUGCCGUGUCACUGGGAAUGCUUUUUUUCACUGCCAAAAAUGCACUGAUUCUAGUAUUGCAAUUCUAUCGGUUGAAACUUAUUCUAAGUGAAAGAGCAAAUGUCGCGAAUGAGUCUCGAUCGGACCCUGAAUCUGAUAUAGGAAAUUAAAGCUUUGUCUACACUAUUAAAUGUUAUGUGACUGUGACAAAAAAAAUGUGAUGUGCCCAUAUAUGGUAUGAUGACGUCAUAUCACAUAUCAAAUUUUAUCAAAAAAACUUGAACGUGUGACGCUUUUUUGAUGAAAUUUGAUGGUGUAAACAAAGCUUGAAGCAAUGAUACUUCUAGCAUUACAUAUGACUUGGGUUUCGAGAAAUCAAUGGGUUUUUGUUUUCUCAUCUGAUCUCUCGAAUUCAAAAGCACAAACAGAAUAAGCACGCUAGAAAUUAAUAUUAUUAAAUUAGGCUGCAGCAUAUCUUUAACAAUUUUGUCCUAGGUCCGUAAUGUUCUUAAUCAAAUCCUUCAGUCCUAUUUUGAACAUAUUUCUUCUUUAAAAUCUUCCACUUCUUUCUAUCUGAUGUUUCCAUUUCCUAUUAUUUCUAUGUUCCCAGGUAAUCUGUCCACCUUUGUUUCUGUCUUCCUACUUUCUUUUAUUUUCUCUCUGCGUCCAUCCAGUUUUCUGUUGUUUUACUACCUGCCCUCUGCAUAUUCACACUUUUUUGACACUACUUCCAUUAUUCUUUUUGUUUUGGUUC